CUCGAACUUAUAUCAACUUUCGUGCGCCUGAAAUGAAUACGAAUAUAUGAGUUAAUAAGUGCUGGGAAAUAAAUCUGCGAAAUGGAGGUUGAUCCUGAAGAGACGACCGAGACAGUGGCGUGGACUCGACUAACAAUUUUUGGGCACCUCAAGAAAGAUCUGAAUACCAAUUUAGAUAACCAAAUCGAUAUUUUGGGACGAAGUUUGAAUAGAGAAGCGGAUUCCUUCACCAUUCCAUUAGCUUCGCGACUGGCGCUAAAGAAGAUUUUGUGCACACUAAAAUUAAAAUUGAAAGAAGCUCACUAUAUGAAAGAAAGAUUUUUGCACAAAAAUCAGAGCUGGCUGGAAACUUUCACAGUCAUACAGAUUUUGUUAAAGAAAAAUGUUCAACCUCCCACAGACAAAGGCAAGAGAAGCGGGCGAGGAAUACGUGGAAAUAAGACGCCUUUGGGUUUAUCUCAACCUCGUCGAAAGAGGAAAGGAAAAAAUAAUAACAUUGCAAUUUGGAACGCAAAACGACGAAUGGACGGAAUAGAAGACAAAUGCUUGAUAAAAGAAGAAGCUAUCAUAAAAGAAGAAACUAUCGUAAAGGAAGAACUGGACCUAGGCGCAUGGGAAUUGACACAAGAAGAAGAAACAAGUCGAGUGAUAAAUUCUGGAUUUCGAUUCGAUUUGCGCGAGAAUCCUGAAAAUGAGAGACGUGCCAGAAAUUCAGGAAAAGCAUAUUUGAACCGCCAUGGACAACUGGUACCUGCCAAAUCCAUGAAAAAGUCAUGCACUGUAUCAUCAAGACAUUCAUGUAAUUUAGAUUGUGCACAAAAAUUAAUCCCCGAAAGCAGGAGAGAAAAGAUCUUUCAGUAUUUCUGGAAUCUACCGGAUCGUUUCAAAAAAUAUGAAUUUAUCUGUCGCCAUGUUAGGUUGAUCCAACCGAGAAAAAGGAAGUUAAAUCCCUCGACUUCUAAAAUGAGGAAUUACAGCCGGUUCUAUUUUUUGCCACUGGGUGGUAAAUUAGUAAGAGUUUGCAGAACUACUUUCACUGCAACUUUAGACAUCAAUGAACAGUGGUUGAGUACAGCUUUUAAAAAAUUUGGCCAUCUCUCCUCUGGACUACAAUUAGAAGAAAGUGAGCUGGAGUUAGAAAAUGUUGAUCAGAAUAGCACCGAAGAAUUUGAAACUAAACUUUUGUUCGGUGAACCAGAUCCUCUCGAUAUUCAACAGGCUAAAGAUUCAGACAAAGAUAUCUUUGAUCCAGAUGAGUCAUCAAUGAUGCACUUGCGGAGUAGAAGUCUUGCGGAGAUGGAAGGCAUCUUCAAUUCACGCGAGGUCGUUUUCGAUAAUGAAGAAAGCGAUAGUAAUUCAGAUGCAGAUGACUUGGAGACGCAUGAAAAUUCAGAAACGGAAGAAGAUGCUGCUGAUGAUUUUCUUGGGGAGUCUGGUGAGGAGAUACUGAACAAAGCUGAGGCAUUAAUUCCUGCAGUGGCAGAAAGUGAAAAACAACGAGGACCUGGACGACCUUCAACUAUUUUGCGAGAAGAACCGGUUAUUCUAAGACGCUCACGGAAACGCAAAAGACAACCUCAUACCCAUAAACAUUUUUUGGCCAAACAAAAAGUUGAACGUGGUCUCCAACGGACAACGGCUUCUGGCAAAGUGAUCCCUGCUAAGAAAUUCGUACCACAAAUUGCCUGCACUUGCGGUUUCAAAUGUGAUACAAAAAUAGAUAUACUUCGCCAAAAAGAAAUAUUUUGCACCUAUUGGGAGCAGUCAAAUAAAGUCCAAAAAACCUUGUUGAUCCGCGAAUGUGUUGAGAAGAUCCCAGUUGCACACAAAAGAGAUCCUCAUUUGCCACUUAUUUCACUGAGAAAAGUUGAAUUUAAUUUUCACUUUUUCCUCCUCGACGGUCAAGGUGUUCGUCAAAAAGUGUGUCGGCCAUUUUUCCUGCAGUGCUUUCAAGUAUCUCCGUCAACUAUGGCACGAGCUGUCAAUGGUGCAUCAACGAAUCCCAGCGCCAGCGAAAGAAGGGGCAAACAUGUUCCAAAAAAUAAAACCAGCGAGGAAGCAAGAAAAAACGUGAUCGAAUUUAUAAACCGAUUCCCGACUUAUGAAUCGCAUUAUGGGCGAUCUUCGUCGGAAAACAAAUAUUUAAACUCAAAUUUGAACAUUGCAACAAUGCAUAGAAUGUACAAGGAAAACUGUGUACAAGAUGAUGUACCAUCGGUCUCGGAAACGAUUUUUAGACAAAUUUUUAACGAAGAAUUCAAUUUGUGUUUCAAGAGACCCCAUACUGACAUGUGUAAAACGUGCGACAUUAUAAAAAACGAAAAAGAUAAUCUUGACUUGACACAAGAAGAGAGAAAAAGUUUAGAAGAGAUGGAAAAACAACACAAUGAGCUGAAAGGGAAAGUUUCUAAGGAUUUUGAAAAUGAUGUUAAUAAAUCCCAGAAAACAAGUAGCAUAAGAGUCCUAACAUUUGGUUUACAGAAAGUUCUGGCCACACCUGCAUUAUCGACUAACGUCGCAUUUUACAAGAGACAGCUGGCAACGUACAAUUGUUGCAUUUACGAUGAAACAGCUAGAAAGGCUUAUAUGUACAUUUGGUCGGAAAAUGUUGCUUCGCGAGGAGGGGAAGAAAUCGGCUCCUGCUUACUGAAACAUCUGAAAACAAACAUCCCCGACGAAACGGAUCGCAUCGUGCUUUAUUCAGACUGUUGUGGAGGACAGAACAGGAACAUAAAAGUCAUCUUGCUAUUGAAACAUUUCAUGUUUUCAAGCAAGAUUGAUUUGAUUGAACAUAAAUUUUUAUGCUCUGGUCAUAGCUACAAUAGCUGUGACCGAAAUUUUUCUUACAUCGAAAAGGAAAAAAGAAAGCAUGAUGGUGUAUACGAUCCUGACCACUGGAUCGAAAUCAUCAGUCAAGCACGAAAAACGGAACCCAAAUUCGUCGUUACGAAAAUGGAAAAAAAUGAUUUUUUUUCUACGCAGGAGUUGGAGCAAUUGAUAACGAAUCGAAAAAAUGAUACAGAAAAUCGUAAAAUCAAUUGGCUCUCAGCAAGAGUUUUGAAACAUGACAAAGAGCAGCUUUUCAGCGUGUAUAUGAUUGACAAUGACAACAUACUACAUCGUCUCAACAUUGCCAAAAAAAAUAUCACCGAACAAGAAUUUGGUGAUGUCAAGCUGUCCUUGCUAUACCUAAAUGGGAACACAAUUACCAAAAAAAAAUAUGAAGAUCUCAUUGAACUGUGCAAAUUUAUACCCCAGAAAUACAGACAUUUUUAUAAAAACUUAAGAAUGAAUGAUUUAGAAAAAGAUUUUGAUUUGGCCAGCGGAGGCGAAAGCGACGAAGAAUAAUUUUUUUUCACUACUUCCGAGAAUAAUUCAAUCGUACUUAUUUUUUCUUUCCGUUUAAUAUGAUUGUUGUAAUUACAUAAUUGAAUUUCGUAUACACAUUUUAAGUC